AUGUUAGUGUUACUAGGAGACCAUGAACAUUUUGAUUAUAAUAAAGCUAUGCAAAUAUGCCAAAACGAUAUUUUGCUAAACGAUAAGCCAUUGAAAGAUUGGAAGCUUGCAGUUCAUCAAUACCAAGUUUCAAUCCAAAAAUUAAUCACACAACGAGUAGAGCUAACAGAUUAUUGGCCAAAACAAUAUCCAGAAUCUACCACAGGAAUAAAAUUUUUGGUGAUGUAUCUAGGACGGGUUGAUACUCCCGGAAUUGAUACAACUUUAUGGGCAGCAUUUAGUAAGGAAGUAUCAGAUAUUUCCAGUGAAUCAUUCUUGUUCAAUAGGCAGGUAGUUUCAUCACACUUGCCAUCGGCUCAAACCAAAUCUAUUCAACAAGAAGUUGAAGCUUUAGUAGAGCAAAUUGAUAAUUAUGUAGAUGUAGCCUUAAAUUUUUGA